AUGAUCCUGAGCACAUUCGCCAUCUCCCUUAGCUGCUAUGUCCUUUAUCGGGAAUGGCAUGGCUCUUCUGAGCCCGAACUGACAGACUGGAGCCUCAAACCAGAUUCAUUCACCUCUCCAGGCCGAAACGACACGGGUUGCUCCCAUCUCCAUGGGAAAAUGGAUAACAUCCUAGUGGCGUUGAAGACAGGCACUACAGAAGCGCUGGAAAAAGUCCCCGUGCAUCUCGAAACCACGCUCCGAUGCCUACCACACUACGUCAUCUUCUCGGACUACGAGGAGGAAUUCGCCGGCGUACACACAUAUGACAUCUUGCGAAGUGUCAGCGGCGAAACGAAACGCACGAACCCUGAUUUCGGGAUUUACAAUCGGCUGCAUACUCUUGGCCGUCGCGGACUGACCGCAGAGGAUUGGACGGAUGAGAUGAAUGGGCCAUUUGGGAAACAGGGAAAUCCGGGAUGGAAGCUCGAUAAAUGGAAAUUCGUGCCUAUGAUAGACGAAGCUCUGCAGAUUCAGCCCGGGAUUCAGUGGUAUAUGUUUGUGGAAGCGGAUACAUAUGUCGUAUGGUCGAAUCUAGCAACGUGGCUGGCUCGAUUCGACCCCGAGAAGCCUUAUUAUAUUGGUUCUCCGAUGCAGAUUAGUGGUGAGGUGUUUGCUUACGGGGGAUCGGGCAUCGUGCUCUCUAAUGCUGCUAUGCGGCUGGUUUCCAGACAUCGUGCCCGGCAUUUUGACGACGUGGAACGGAUGACUGCUGAUAAUUGGGCCGGAGACCAUGUCCUCGGAAAGAUCCUCUAUGACUUGGGUGUGUCACUCGUUCGGUCAUGGCCGAUGCUGCUGCCGUCGAGUGUGUGGGAGUUUCCAUAUUUUGCUGAAGGACAUAACCGGAAUCCGUGGUGCUACCCGGCUGUUUCGUAUCAUCAUAUGAGCCCCGAGGAUAUCCAAAAUAUGUGGCUUUUUGAGCAACAGUGGUUUGGAUUUGAUAAACACGCAGUCCUCCUACAUAGAGACGUUUUCAAAAACCUGAUCCACGACGUAAUCCUUUCGCACAGUGACGACUGGGACAAUCUCUCGUCCGAGCAUGUACGGGAGCCGGAGAAAUCUACGGAAGUUCUCGGUUCUGCUGAUGAGUGCGGACGGAAAUGCGCCCUGACGACAGACUGUCUCCAGUUUUCGUUUGGGAGUGCUGGCUGUUGUGUCUCCAAACUUGUUGUUGGGGGAGUUCGUCGACCCGGGGUAUAUUCAGGUUGGAUGACGCUACGGAUCAAGGCGCUUUUGAGGAAUGCAAAGGUUUGUUCUCAGAUACAGUAUGUUUAGUUCUUUUAGAUUCCAAGAACAGUGAACCCCCAACAGGAUAUCAAUAUGGUAUAAUCCAUGCAUUAGCAAAUAUGAG